CUACGACUUAUUACGUAGUGCCGCGUAUACAAGUGCGGCUAAAUGUACGGCGGGUUUGAGGAAUUUAUUUGUUUAAAACUUUUAUUCAAAAUUUAAAGAAGUAUUGAAACAAAUAUUCAACGAAUCAUGUUUUCCUUAUCAGUUCAAAGAACUAGCAAUGUUAUAAAUACAAUUUUAAGUCAUAAAUGUAAUCAUACCAGAGUAAUAUUUUUAAGGUUAUACAAAAAAUCAAGCUAUAGAAACUUGAUUAAUCAUGUAUGGGAUAAGAAAACUUUAAAUACAUUACAAAAGUUUCCAAAAAAAUACAAACAUUAUGUUUCAUAUCGAGAACAUAGUACUGAAAAUUUUAAAAAGAAGGAAGAAGAUAUCAUAAAUUUGGAACAACCGGUACUAGAGCAUAAAAUUUUACAUUCUAUGUUAGAAGAAUCUAUACAUUACAAAGAUACUAUUAUGCCGCCUGUUAAAACAAAAGUAGAAGUUAGUUACCAAGAAAUAUGUCAAUUGUAUACUGUGGAUUGGUCUAAUGAACCUGUAUCAAAUAUUUAUGAUGCCAUUAAAAAAAUAUCAUACUGUCACUUAAGUGGCUCAUGUUUUGAAAUAUCAAUGUAUGACAAUAUUUUACUUCCCCUUGGGGAAAAAUUAAAUUCGUUAGGGGAUAAACAAUUAAUGAUACUCAUGCAGCACUUGAUCGCGCUCACUGAUGAAAUUCAAAAAUCAAACAAUUGGCAAUCUUUCCUUAAAAAAUUAAACAAAGAAUGCUUAAGACGAUUUUUUCCAUCAACCAUUGAAAACAUGUUUUUAUUAACUGAUAUAUUCUAUCAACUUGAAGAUAUCGAAUCUUAUUAUAUGUGGCGUGCUUUAAGAAAAAUAAGCUCAAAAUGUACAAAUCUUUCAUCAAAACAUAUGGUUCAAUUAUUCUUCCUUAUAACUGUUGUUAAAUCAAACUGUGGCAUAAAUAUGUACGAAGCUGAGUGUAAGUUGCAAGAAUGCAUACCUGAACUCAGUGGAAAUGAAUUAGGUAUAGUUGCAAGAGGCUUUUUUUUGAAUAAAAAAAGCAUUAGGAAUAAGAUUUUAGUGGUUCAGAUAAUAAGAAAAGUUCAACAAAAUAUUCAAUCCAUGGACAGUACUGCUAUAGCAUCAAUUAUGAAACUAAUAAGAUACAGUGAUUGCUAUCAUUGCUUGGUAGAAUUUCAAGAUUUACUGAAAUGUUUUCAUACAGAAAUACCAAGACUGUCAUUCAUAUGUUUAACACACAUAGCACAUGCAUUGGGAGGUCAUCGUGUAUACGAUGAAACUUUAAUAAAAAUCAUUCUUGAGAGGGUAAUAAAUGAAAUGAAAUCUGCAAGACUAAAGGAUAUUGAAAGGAUUUUAUUUACUAUCUAUACAGUUGCUCCUCAAACUGAUUAUUAUCAGGAAAUAGUUAAGAAAUUACUGAAUGAAAUUGUAAUAAAUUAUCAAACCAACAGAUUAGAUGAAAUCAAUAGGUAUGCGGUAUCGUUAGUACGCAUUUUAUUAUAUGUUAGUGCUAAAAGUAUAUAUGUACCACAACUAAUUCAGCACGUAUUUCAACCUUCAUUUAUACAAAAAACAUAUAAAAAUAACACGAAAUUACUGACAAAUGAUCUGUUAGUAUUGCAGUGUACUAUUCAAAUAGAGUUUCCUUACUAUCAAGGCCAAUUAUUGUCAGAACAGCUAUAUUCUUAUUUAGUACAGAAAUAUACACCUUCCGAAGAUAUUCCGAGAAAAGACAACAAUAUAAAAUUGCGAAGUGAAAUUGUAUUUCUAUGCAAAAACAACUUAGGACUAGAUAUAUAUGUUGAUUAUAUUUUACCUCAUUACCCAGUAAGGGAUAUAAUUUUUGGUUUGGAUGAACAUAACAAUCCUGUUGACGUUGAACCUAUUUUAUCAUCAAUGCCCUUUGGUACACUUAAAUAUGUAAAUAGUGAUGAAUUAAAGAAAAUAAAGUGGAAUGUUCUAUGCCUACUGCCCCUUAGAGCAAAAGUGAUGGGUCAUAGUAGUUACACUGGUCCUACAUGCAGAAAAAUGAAGGAACUGAAAGCUCUUGGAUAUACCGCACUUCCGAUUCAGGAAACUGGGUGGUAUUUGUUAAAUGAAGAAAAAAGAAAAGAAGAUUAUUUAAGGCAACUAAUUUAUGGAAAACGAAGUGAAAAUUUCAUAGAUUAGAUAAAUUUGUUAAAUUAUAAUACCAAAGAAAAUAAUGAAG